UUGCAGCAGCACUUGUAUACAAGGGUUUAAUGUCUUGUGUUAGACAUUGUGCUGAGAUAAUGCCAAAGACGGACAAGCAGGACGCUAUUAGGAAAUGUUUCCAGUCCCUUAGUUAUGUAUUCAAGUUUAUAGUCUCUAGUCGACAACUCUUCAUUAGAGCGACAAGAGGUCAGAACGAAGACAGUUUUAGGACAGAUAUACAUCUGUUGUACAACUGCUUUAACAAGAUGUUGAUGGUUAAUGCAGAUAAUGUUCUCCCGACCCAGGUCGUCUUCCUCAAUAGUGUUGCGUCCAUCUAUCCAUCUAUCAUCAAGGUAAUGCCGGUCCUGGACAUCGUAAAGUUGACCAGCCUAACCCUAGACAGCCUAGGCCAGGACCGCUCCCAGUACCUGCUCAGAGCUGCUCUAGGAGCAGCUAGGGAUGCUCUCAAGAGUGAGCUCUGGAAGGAGAGAAGCUGUAGAUAUUUACUUCUAACUCCAGCGAUAAAUCUAGUCAAUCAUCAUUUACAAACAAGGAGAGAGGUUGAGACCUGCUCUAUACUACUCCUUGAGCUGGUUAACUCCUUGUACCAGGAGAGGGAAGAGAACAGGGACAAUGAGAAGAUGUACCCCUUGGAGAUGGAGGAGGAGAAGGAGAAGUUAGCUGUAAAGGAAGGAGAUGGAGCUUCUUGGUGGAAGGAUGUUUAUAUAUUUGCCGAGGCUGCUAUAGGACCCUUAGGCCUUGCUGUUAUUGCUGAAGAGGAUCAUGGCGAUGAAAGCCCAGAGAAUGCGGGACUCGUUGUAGCUCUCCUUGGACUUCUUGAUUUGCUAGAUGAAGAACAUCAUAAACUUCUAUGGAGGUCGCAGCCGUCCCAGCUAGGUCGCCUCUUCCUAGUGCUGACCGAAGUGCUGGCUCGACCAGCGGUUCCUAGCGAGUGGGUCAGCCUAAAGCUGUCUCUAGUCAAUACUAUUGCAAGUACAGUGCAGAUGAUUGGGUUGAGCUUACCACACCUGAGGUUUGAUAAACAGCAGUGGAUGGGAUACUUUCAGCUAGUAGGUCAGCUUAUAACCUCCCCACAACUGCAGAUAGAACUAGUCAAAAAACAGGGGCGGCUAUUCGUCGGACUUGACGAAGUAGAAGAUCUAAGAGUUCCACUUGCAGAGCAUAUGGUACAGACAUGGAACACAUGUUCUCAACAGAUUCAACUUGUUCCAUCCCUAGUAGGGCCCAUCCUAGAGGUAACUCUGAUUCCACUGAGUAGGGUUCGAAGAAUAAUUCUCCCUUUGCUGGUCUCCCUUAUGCAAACUGAGCAACAGCAUAAAGGAAACUUUAGACAGACUGAAACAGAACUGAUCGACAAGUUGGACAUCUUAAUCAGUGAAAACAAGGGAGAUGAGGAGUACAGGGAGAUCUUCAACUCCUUGAUGUUAGAUCUUGUAGAGGAAUUAGAUCCAACAUGGAGGGAGUCAGGACAGGUAUUUGUUGGUUCUGUAUCCCGUCUCCUGGAACGCCUACUAGACUAUAGAGGUGUACUGCAGGGGGAGGAGAACAUAAAUAAGAGAUUAUCGUGUACCCUUAACCUACUACAGUUCUACCGGGACGAUUUCAACAGGCAGGAGAUGUAUAUCAGGUACAUCUACAAGCUUGAGCAGCUUCAUCUCCUGGUUGGUAACCCUGCUGAAGCAGCAGCUACUCUUCUUCUUCAUGCUAAUCUUCUAGAUUGGACGACCAGAACUCUUCAUGCAGACUUGAGAUACCCGACUCAGCAGGAGUGGCAGAGGAAGGAAGCUUUGUAUAUUCAGAUCAUACACCUAUAUGAUUCUGCCAGGUUAUGGGAACCAACUAUACCACUAUGUAAAGAAUUGGCAGAUCUGUAUGAAAAGAGAACAUAUGAUUAUGUAAAACUUUCUGCACUUUUCAGGCAAAUGGCUGAUUUCUACAGCAAGAUAAUCUCAGAAUUUCGACCAGAUUCAGAAUACUUUAAAGUCGGAUUUUACGGGCUUUCUUUUCCGUAUUUUGUUCGGAACAAGGAGUUUGUUUACCGAGGACUAGAGUUUGAAAAAAUAGGGGAAUUUACAACGCGACUUCUCCGUGAGUUUCCGACAGCGCGCUUGUGUGGAAAAACUUCUGAAAAUGUGGAAGAGUUAAAAAAUCAAGAUGGAGAACAUAUACUGAUAGUUUCUGUAAAACCUUUACCAAAAGAUUCUGGCACCUAUUUCGGGCCAGAAGUCCCACAAAAUGUUAAAAACUUCUAUGCUGUUAACCAAAUAAGAACAUUCCAGUAUGAUCGUCCCUACCAUAAAGGGGAGAUUGACAAGAAUAACGAAUUUAAAACAUUAUGGAUCGAAAGAAACCGAUAUGAGACAAUGAGUGAAUUUCCCGGAAUACUGAAAUGGUUUGAAAUAUCCAAGACUAGUGUCUCCCAAAUUAGCCCGGUUGAGUACGCCUGUGAGUCUGUAUCCUGUAAAAACGCGGAAUUGCGCAAAUUUAUUGCACAGUAUUCAACCAACCGAUCGGAAAACGUGAUGCCUUUCACAAUGCGUCUUCAGGGCAACAUUGAUGCUGCUGUUAACGGUGGUUUUGCCAAGUACAAAUCUGCAUUCUUCACUGAUACGUUCUCCGAGGAGAACCCUAAGUAUACCCAUGUCCUGGAGACACUAGCCGGAUAUAUCGGGGAGCAGGUUUCUCUACUCCAGGAUGGUUUACAGCUCCAUGGAGAACUAGCUCCAGAACCAGUUCAACCUCUUCAUCAGAGACUGGUGGAGGUGUUCUCUACGUUGAGGACGGAGAUGGAGUUUUGUAGUUCCUUCUCUCCGUCUCCCAGAUCCAAUAGAACAUCCAGGAUUGUGAAUACGCCACUUCCUCCUAUUCCUGGGGAAACGGAAUGGAGUCCUGGUCCAUCUUUGUAUGCCCCCAUUUCUGGACUGCAUGAGGGACGAUCUGGACUGGAUGAAUCGUCUCUUUAUGGACGAAUAGGAGGAACUAACGACUAUGUGUAUUCUCCUGUGGCGAACUAUCAAGAUAUUUCGCCCCUGAUAAAUUCAGGUCUCACGCUUGAAGACAAUGAAAGUUCUAGAACUGAUAGUGACGAAGGGGUCGAGCUUAGAGGGGGAAGACGAUAUUUGUCCAACUCCAGCGUAUACGAGAACUCUAAACGUUCUAGUUCCUCUUCUUUAUCCUUCACUCACCUACCGUCAUCUCUACCCUUGAACUCAGAUAGAACACCUCCACUACCCCCUCGUAAUAGCUUCAGAUCAAGUAGAACGGAUGAAAACUCUACAUCAAGUUGUUCUCUCAACUUAUUUAUUCAAUCAACCCCUCCUCCUGUCCCCCUACACCCUUAUCCUACAGCAUUUCUUNCCCUUCACAAAACAUUAAUAAUUUGUCAGGGGAGAAAGCUAAGGCGACAGGUGGUUAGUGGAGCAGAUCUAGAGAUUCCUGUUUGGAGAAACCUUUCGAUAUACGAUGAAUUCCUGAUUUAUCUGGAUUUGAGUCUGGUUUUCCAGAAAUAUCCUUAUAUUUGUGAAAUGUCAAGUUAA